AUGCUUAUAACAGUGAUGAAGCGUGAAUUUUUAACGGAUUCUUCUUCAUUGAUAUCGAGAGAAAAUUCAUCUUUUUCGACAUCAUGUACCAAAGGAAAGAAACAAGAAAGGAAAGUUUAUUUAGCUGUCGUCAGUGGACUUUUUGCAACUACUGGAAGUGUACUUGGUAAACUUGCUAGUAAUGUGGAAAUGGAGUCCUCAUUUGAAGUGCUAUUAAAAGGAAUACUUUUAAUAUUUAUGGUCACAAGUAAUACCAUAGGCUGCCAAUUUUUCGUAAAAGCACUCAAUGCCAGCGGAUCUUCUUUACCCUGUACAAUAGCCAGCGCCGCCACCAGUUAUAUUUGCUCGGUUCUUGUGGGUUCCUUGAUUUUUAAUGAAUCGACGUCAAUUAGCUGGUGGUGCGGUAUAACUUUUGUUAUUUUAGGUUUAUUGCUCAUCUGUUAUACUCCAUCUACAAACGAUUCUAAACUUUCUCCAAAGAAAUCGAAAGAAGAAUAA